CUCGUCGCCUCACAGGGAAGAUGGCGCACAGCGGUCGGUGGCGCUUCCCAGCCCGGCCGGGCACUGGCGCCUGCGGCCGCCGCGGGCUCGGGGGCUGCCGCGUGAGGGUGCCGGCCCUGCGGAGCCUGCGCGAGGAGCCGCCCGACGAGCGCGCCAAGGAGCGGGGAGCCGCGCCCCCGCCGCCGCCGCCCUCCUCCGCCUCCUCCUGCUCCUCCUCCUCCUCCUCCGCCGGGGUGGCCCCGGGCUUCGACGCCGCGCUCCAGGUCUCCGCCGCCAUCGGCAUCAACCUGCGCCGCUUCCGGGCGGCCUGUGGCGCUGAGGCGGGCAGCGGAGAGGAUGAGCAGUUCUUAGGUUUUGGCUCAGAUGAUGAGACCAAAGGACAGAGUCCCACCAAAUCUUCCACAGCCAAGUCUAGUGCACGGAAACCACGUGGGAGACCCAGAAGCAGCUUGGACCGAAGUGCAGCCGUGCUCUGCGAAUCACCUUCAACAUAUUCCCCUUUGAGCAAACCGGAGCUCUCAUCAGCAGAAAAAGUGAAGAAGAGAGAACUGAAAAGUGGAGAAAAGAGACGAGGGAGGCCUCCUGCACUUGCCAGCAUGAAGUUCAAAAUCAGCCACAUGAAGGGCACCCCAGAUGCUCCAAAGGGGGGCAGCAAGGAGGAAAAGGAGAAUCUUAAGAAAGUAAAGCGGGCGCCAUCUACAGCUUUCCAGCAUGCAACGAAAAUCAAGAAGCUAAGAGCAGGAAAACUCUCCCCAUUGAAGUCUAAAUUCAAAUCUGGCAAGCUCCAACUUGGAAGGAAAGGUGUGCAGCUGGUGCGCCGGAGAGGACGGCCGCCAUCUUCCGACCGCUUAAGCCCGUCUCUGGUGACAGCGGAUGGCUCUCAGCCAGAGAAAGCCCAGAGGAUCCGGAAGGAGAAAGAGGGCAUAUCUCUGCUCCCCAAAGAAGCAAAGGCUGCAGUCAGGCAGAGCCCACGCAGGAUAAAGCCAGUGCGGAUCAUUCCUUCUUCCAAGAGAACAGAUGCCACCAUUGCUAAGCAACUCUUGCAGAAGGCAAAGAAGGGGGCUCAGAAGAAGAUUGAGAAAGAAGCAGCAAAGCUGCAGGGCCGGAAGGCAAGAACUCAGCUCAAAAAUAUCCGCCAGUUCAUCAUGCCAGUGGUGAGUGCAAUCUCUUCCCGGAUCAUUAAAACUCCCAAGCGCUUCAUCGAAGAUGAAGACUAUGACCCACCCAUCAAAAUAGCCCGCUUGGAGUCUACCCCAAACAGCCGGUUCAGCGCUACCUCCUGCGGGUCCAGUGAGAAGUCCAGCGGGGCCUCUCAUCACUCCUCACAGAUGUCUUCGGAUUCCUCCCGGUCCAGCAGCCCCAGUGUUGAUACAUCCACCGAUUCUCAGGCCUCAGAAGAAAUGCAAGCACUUUCUGAAGAAUGUAGCAAUACCCCGGAGGCUGUUCCCCCUUCGUUGCCUGCCUCCCAGUCUCCUGAGAAUGAGGGUGGUGAGAGAGGGGGCAGGAGGAGGAGGUUUUCAGUGGCAGAACGAAAUUUUGGGCCCAAAAUAGCUAAAAAGCUACCCAGCCUCCAGAGCAUCUCCCAGCAGCAGUCCUCGUCUGCCUCUCCGCCACCGCCACUCCUCACCCCACCACCUCCCCUCCAGCCAGCUGCCAGCAUCUCUGAGCAUGCCCCUUGGCUCAUGCCUCCCACAAUUCCUUUGGCUUCACCCUUCCUGCCCUCCUCUGCAGCACCCAUGCAAGAGAAGCGGAAGUCCAUUCUUCGCGAGCCUACAUUCCGAUGGACCUCGCUCAAGCACUCUCGGUCUGAACCUCAGUACUUUUCCUCAGCAAAAUAUGCCAAAGAAGGCCUCAUUCGCAAACCCAUAUUUGAUAAUUUCCGGCCUCCUCCACUGACCCCUGAGGACGUUGGCUUUGCCUCUGGUUUCUCAGCCCCCGGUGCCCCAGCUCCGACACGCCUGUUUUCUCCUCUGCACUCUGGGACAAGGUUUGAUCUACACAAGAGAAGCCCUCUCUUGCGAGCUCCGAGGUUCACGCCCAGCGAGGCCCACUCACGCAUCUUUGAGUCUGUCACCUUGCCCUCCUCUGUGAGUCGCGCUUCUGGGGGAGCUGCUGCCACCUCCGUCUCUCUGAGGAAGCGGAAGAGGAAGGUGUUCAGCCCGAUUCGGUCUGAGCCCAGGUCUCCAUCACACUCCAUGAGGACGAGAAGCGGGCGCCUGAGCACCUCGGAGCUGUCUGCUCCCCCACCACCAGUCUCUCCGUCACUCGCAAGCAUUUCUGUAGGUUCCUUGACUACCAGUGCCUUAAAUGCCAGUUUCUCCUUCCCUGCCCAUUCCCUUUCCCCACCUGGGGGGGAGUCGGUAGAGAAGAGUCAGAGACUGAGGAAGCAGCCAGGGGCUGCAGCUGAGCCCUUCUCCUCCAGCAGCCCUGCUCCCCUCUUCCCAUGGUUCACACAGAGCAGUUCCCACCCAGAGAGGGGCAAGAACAAAGACCGAGCCUCUGAGGAGUCAUCCAAAGACAAAGAAAGCGACCGAAGUGUUGAGAAGGAGAAGAGCAGAGAGAGAGACAGAGAGAGGGAAAAAGAAAACAAGCGGGAGUCACGGAAAGAGAAAAGGAAGAAGGCUCCUGAAAUCCAGAGCAGCUCUGCUUUGUUCCCUGGGGCUCGUGUUUCCAAAGGGAGAGGGGUUGUCCACGAAGACCCUACCAUUUCCUCAUCUGCCAAAAAAACCGUGGGGCGAAAGAAGUCGACAGCCGCUGACCCAGUGGCUGACGUGCCUGCCGUGGUUCUGGUGGACUCAGCAACAGCCAUCAAGACCAAGAUGGCAAAGAGAGGCCGAGGAGGGCUAGAGAAAGCCAGCCUGGACCUUGCCCUUCCAGCCCCUGCAGCAGAAAAGGAAGGCGUGCUCAAGCUGCCCACCCCCUCCUCCAUCAGCUCUAUGCUGGCUCAUGCAGACAAGCUGCCGAUGACGGACAAGAGGGUGGCUAGCCUCCUCAAGAAAGCCAAAGCCCAGCUGUGCAAGAUCGAGAAGAUCAAGUCUCUCAAGCAGGCAGAUCAGCCAAAGGGACAGGGUCAGGAGAGUGACUCCUCCGAGGCCUCGGUGAGAGGGCCACGCAUCAAGCACGUCUGCAGGAGAGCGGCUGUCGCACUUGGGCGCAAGCGAGCAGUCUUUCCGGAUGACAUGCCCACUCUGAGUGCCUUGCCGUGGGAGGAGAGGGAGAAGAUACUGUCUUCCAUGGGGAACGAUGACAAGUCCUCUGUUGCUGGUUCCGAAGAGGCCGAGCCCCAGGUGCCGCCCAUCAAGCCCAUCAAGCCCGUGACCAGGCACAAGCCCCCCCCAGAGCCUCCUGUCAAGAAGGGACGGCGCUCACGCCGCUGUGGGCAGUGCCCAGGCUGCCAGGUGCCAGAGGACUGCGGUGUCUGCACCAAUUGCCUGGAUAAGCCAAAGUUUGGGGGGCGUAACAUAAAAAAGCAGUGCUGCAAGAUGAGGAAGUGUCAGAAUUUGCAGUGGAUGCCGUCAAAAGCCUACCUGCAGAAGCAAGCCAAAGCUGUGAAGAAGAAAGAGAAGAAGUCCAAGUCCAGUGACAAGAAGGAGAGUCAAGUCGUGAAGAGCCAGUUGGACUCGGGGCAGAAAGCUGCUCCACAGCCCACCCCAGCAAGAGAGGAUCACACCGCAAAGAAAGGCAGUGAGCUCGUCCGGAAGGCCACUGAGGAGAAGGUCGAGGAGGGCCCAGCACCAGCACCCCCGGACAGCAAACAGGCCCUUCCACCUGCUGUCAGGAAAACUGGCAAGCAGGCACCAGUGCCCUCCCCUCCACCACCCUGCUCAGGCCCACCAAGAAAAGAAGCACCGAAAAGCAUCCCUGUGGAGCCCAAGAAGAAGCCCACUCUGCCUCCAGAGGCAGGCGUAGAGCAAAACAAACAAAAGAAAAUAACUUCUCGUCCCAGCUUACCAGUGAAACAGAAGCCGAAGGAAAAGGAAAAGCCCCUUCCCGUCAGCAAGCCUGAGAACAGCCUGCUCAACAUGUUGACCACUCUGACAAACGGUGGCUGCUCCAAGCAGAAGCCUCUGACGGAUGGAGUCCACCGGAUCCGAGUAGACUUCAAGGAAGACUGUGAAUCCGAGAACGUUUGGGAGAUGGGCGGUUUGGGUAUUCUGACUUCGGUACCGAUAACUCCCCGAGUGGUCUGCUUCCUCUGUGCCAGCAGCGGGCACGUGGAGUUUGUGUAUUGCCAAGUGUGCUGUGAGCCCUUCCACAAAUUCUGCUUAGAGGAGAGCGAGCGCCCCCUGGAGGACCAGCUGGAGAACUGGUGCUGCCGCCGUUGCAAAUUCUGCCACGUGUGUGGGAGGCAGCAUCAGGCCACCAAGCAGCUGCUGGAGUGCAGCAAGUGCCGGAACAGCUUCCACCCAGAGUGCCUGGGACCAAACUACCCCACCAAGCCCACCAAGAAGAAGAAAGUUUGGAUCUGCACCAAAUGUGUCCGAUGCAAGAGCUGUGGGGCGACAACGCCAGGCAAAGGGUGGGAUGCCCAGUGGUCUCAUGACUUCUCGCUGUGCCAUGAUUGUGCCAAGCUCUUUGCAAAAGGGAACUUCUGCCCCCUCUGCGACAAGUGCUAUGACGACGACGACUAUGAGAGCAAGAUGAUGCAGUGUGGGAAAUGUGACCACUGGGUCCACUCCAAGUGCGAGAACCUCUCAGACGAGAUGUACGAGAUCCUCUCCAGCUUGCCAGAGAGCGUGGCUUACACCUGCCUCAGCUGCACAGAGCAGCAUCCUGCUGAGUGGCGCUUGGCCCUGGAGAACGAGCUGCAGCAGUCUCUCAAGCAGGUCGUGACGGCCCUGCUCAGUUCCCGGACAACCAGCCACUUGCUGCGCUGCAGACAGGCAGCCAAGCCGCCUGAUUUAAACCCUGAGACUGAGGAGAGCAUUCCGUCCCGAACCUCUCCGGAAGGGCCAGACCCUCCUGUGCUAACGGAAGUCAGCAAGCAGGAGGAGCAGCAGCCUCUGGACCUGGAGGGAGUGAAAAGGAAACUGGACCAAGGAGGCUACUCGGCUGUGCUGGAGCUGAGUGAUGAUAUUGUGAAGAUCGUUCAGGCAGCCAUGAAUGCCGACGGAGGGCAGCCAGAGCUCAAGAAGGCCAACAGCAUGGUGAAGUCCUUCUUCAUUCGGCAAAUGGAACGAGUUUUCCCAUGGUUCAGUGUAAAGAAAUCAAGAUAUUGGGAACCUAAUAAAGUCACAACCAAUAGUGGGAUGCUGCCAAAUGCGGUCUUGCCCCCAUCUCUCGACCAUAACUAUGCUCAGUGGCAGGAACGCGAAGAAAACCGUUGUGCUCAGCAGCCCCCUCUGAUGAAGAAAAUAAUUCCUGCUCCCAAACCCAAAGGGCCUGGAGAACCAGACUUCCCCAUGCCACAGCCUCCACCCACAGCACCUCUCUCCAGCUCUGAGAGAGGCAGAGAGGGCAGCCCAGACCUCACCCCCCCUCCAGAUGUGGAAGACACCCGGCAGUGUGCCCUUUGCUUGAAGUAUGGAGACGACGGGACAAAUGACGCUGGCCGGCUCCUCUACAUCGGCCAGAAUGAGUGGACGCACGUGAACUGUGCCCUGUGGUCUGCGGAGGUGUUCGAGGAUGAGGAUGGCUCCUUGAAGAACGUGCACGUGGCAGUGAUCCGAGGGAAGCAGCUGAGGUGUGAGUUGUGCCUGAAGUCGGGGGCCACGGUGGGCUGCUGUUUGGCCUCGUGCACCAGCAACUAUCACUUCAUGUGCUCCCGAGCCAAAAACUGCGUCUUCCUGGAGGACAAGAAGGUGUACUGCCAGCGCCAUCGAGACCUCAUCCAGGGAGAGGUGGUGCCUGAGAAGGGGUUUGAGGUCCUGAGGAGGGUCUUCGUGGAUUUUGAAGGGAUCAGCUUGAGGCGGAAGUUUCUCAACGGUCUGGAGCCAGAGAACAUCCACGUGAUGAUUGGGUCCAUGACGAUCGACUGCCUGGGGAUUUUGAAUGACCUUUCUGAUUGUGAAGAUAAACUUUUCCCCAUUGGCUACCAGUGUUCUCGGGUAUACUGGAGCACAACAGAUGCUAGGAAGCGCUGUGUCUACACGUGCAAGAUUGUGGAGUGCCGCCCUCCCACCUCAGAGCCAGACAUCAAUAGCACCGUGGACCACGAUGACAACAGGACGAUCGCACACAGCCCAGUGCUGCCUCCUGAAAUCCUUGCUAAAGAAGUCCGUGGCAUUUCCACAGCUGUGAAUCCUCCGUCUUCAGAACUUCCUACACAUUUGCAGAACUACAAGGCUCUGCGGAUCAGAAGACCAAGUUAUACCCCUGUUCAGCGAUCCCCCGGCUCGAGGCCGUUGCCCUCUGCAGGGAGCCCCACCCCUGUGACUCAUGAGAUCGUGACGGUGGGAGACCCGCUGCUGCUGUCAUCUGGACUUCGGAGCAUUGGCUCCAGGAGGCACAGUGUCUCUCCUCUGCUCCCUCCGCAAUCCAGACCCUGGGUGCUGUCUGCCAGCAGAGCCAGGGCUGCUCACUCCAGGCACAGUGUGUCCCCAGGGCCCCCCAGCCUGGGUCCCCUCCUCUCCCAAGAGCAGGCCUGGAGCACGCCACCAGCAGAACAGCCGCUGGGCCCAGCAGCCUCCCGGGCGGCUCUCCAGAGCAGCGCUGCCCCUCCCACUUCCCAAAGGUCCGUGAUGAAAAGUGGCAGUAAAGGCCUUCCCCUGGAGGGGUCUGUGUCCUUGGAAGCAGUUCCCCCGGGAGGCUGCAUCCCUGCACAUGCCGAGAAAGCCAGGCUGCUGAGUUCCAGAGACUCCAGCGCUUCCCCCAGGAGUUCAAAAGCCAGCACUCAGUCAGCCGUCACAGCUGGCCCAGAGCCAAACACCAGCCCAGUGGGGAAGCUUCCGGAACCCCCAUCUGGAUUGUUUCCCUCCAAAGACACGGCAGCAUCUCUGACUUCACAUCAGAGAGCCCCCAAGAAGGAGCAGGACCAGCAGGCGGGCCUCCCACAACCAGAAGCAAGCUGUGCUUCUGAGGAUUCUGCAGUGAAGGCCCCCAAGCCCCCUCCAGCCAGUGAGCAGCCCCUUCCCUCUGCGACCAGAGAGAGGCGGCAGAAAGGGAAGAAGGGGGCGAAGGAGAGGCAGUCCAGCAAGCCUCUGGCCAGCUCAGCUCUCCUCCCCAGUGGCAGUGGCAGUGGAGACAGUGCAGAGCCAGGACGCGUCCCUCACGGCCCCGAGCCCUGCAGUGCUGCAGCUGCUGCAGAGAAGACUCCAGAGGGCAACAUGCUUCCUCAGAGGGCCUCCCAGGCACCUCCUCCCCAUGGCGAACUGACCCCUUCGAAGGACCUGCAAGCCUCCCAGAAGCGCACCGUGAAAGUCACCCUGACCCCCCUCAAGAUGGAGGGGGAGAGCCAGCCCAGAAGCAGCCUCCUGCGGGAGAGUUGCCAGGCAGAGGACAGCAAGCCGGCUUCUGUGGCGCAGCCUUUCCCUGGAGUCCAGGGUGGACCAAGUGACCCUGCAGCUCCAGAGUCCCAGGGCGACACCUACCAGGCUCUUCCUGGCCAAGACAGCAGCUUGAUGCUCCAGGAUGGAACGAAAGCACAGGAAGACGGAGGAGCCUACAAGCGGCGGUAUCCAAGGCGCAGCGCCCGGGCCAGAUCCAACAUGUUCUUUGGGCUGACUCCCCUGUAUGGUGUGAGGUCUUAUGGUGAAGAAGACAUUCCCUUUUUCAGCAAUUCCACUGGGAAAAAGCGGGGCAAGAGAUCUGCCGAAGGGCAAGUGGAUGGUGCAGAUGAUGUCAGUACAUCCGAUGAGGAAGACCUCUACUACUACAACUUCACCAGAACGGUGGUGUCCAGCAGCACGGAAGAGCACCUCGUGUCCCACAACUUGUUUCGAGAAGAGGAGCAGUGUGGUCUCCCCAAAAUCCCUCAGCUCGACGGUGUGGAUGAUGGGUCAGAAAGUGACACGAGCAUCACAGUGACCACAAGGAAAGUCAACCCAGUGACCAAAAGGGGUGGCAAAGAGAAUGGGACAGAAAGCUUGAAACACGAUAGGAGUGAAGAAAGUGGAGAAAAAGCUCAUGUAGCGAAGCUCUCUGCUGGCCACAAAAGCGCCGACCCAAAGAUCGAGAACUGCCGGGUCAAGACGCAGAGUCAAGAUCCUUUGGAGGCUCAGCUGAGCUCCUUGGAUGCAGGUCGCCGGCCUCGCGCCAGCACGCCUCCCGAGAAGAACCUCUUGGACACCUUCAGCACAGAGCUCCUGAAAUCUGACUCGGACAACAACAACAGUGACGACUGUGGGAACAUCCUCCCUUCGGACAUCAUGGACUUUGUCCUGAAAAACACCCCCUCGAUGCAGGCUCUGGGCGAGAGUCCCGAGUCUUCCUCCUCGGAGCUCCUGACGCUGGGAGAAGGGCUGGGCCUGGACAGCAACCGGGGGAAGGACAUGGGCCUCUUCGAGGUCUUUUCUCAGCAGCUGCCCACAGCAGAGCCGGUGGACAGCAGCGUCUCUUCAUCUAUCUCUGCAGAAGAGCAGUUUGAGCUGCCUUUAGAACUUCCUUCUGACCUCUCUGUCUUGACGACUCGGAGCCCCGCCGUGCCCACCCAGAACCACAGCAGGCUUGCCGUAAUUUCAGAAUCGUCACUCUCCUCGUCUGGGGAGAGAUCUAUGCUAGCUUUGUCCGCUGCAGAGCCUGCAGAGAAGAGAGUGGCAGUCACUGAGAAGCCUGCCUCUAGUGAAGGAGAGCCAGCUCUCUUAAGCCCACGUGUGGACCCCAGCCCGGAAGGACAUAUGACCCCUGACCCCUUUAUUCAAGGUCACAUGGAAGCAGAUCACAUUGCUAGUCCCCCGUGUGGACAAGUAGAACAAGGCCAUGGAGCCAACCAAGACUUGACCAGGAGCAGUGGGACGCCUUCUCUCCAAGUACCAGCAUCUCCUACCCUCCCUCUCCAGAAUCCCAAAUAUGGUCCAAACUCUGCAGAGAGCCCAGGUCCGUCUCAGAUCUCUAACGCUGCUGUGCAGACGGCCCCCCACCAUCUCAAGGCGGCCGCAGCUGCUGAAAAGCUCCUCGUGGUUAACCAGAACAUGCAGCCGCUCUACGUCCUGCAGACUCUUCCCAAUGGGGUCACUCAAAAGAUACAGUUGACCUCCUCGGUCAGCUCUGCAUCAGGCAUGAUGGAGGCGGCGAGCCCUUCCGUGCUGGGGCCCAUGGGCACCGGGCUGGCGUUGGCUGCAGGCUUGAGUCCCAGCCUGCCCUCCUCCCAGCCUCUCUUUCCAUCGGCCAGCAAAGGGCUGCUGCAGCCUCUGCCCCAUCACCAACACUUGCAUUCCUUUCCCGCAGCACCCCAGAGCGGCUUCCCUCCUGCUCUUGGCAGCCCGGCCUCGGGCGUUCUGAUUGGGGUCCAGCAGCCACCUGACCCAGAAGCCCCUCCGAGAGCAGACGCUGGGCCUGCGGCCGCCACGCCUCCUCCCAGCCUUGCCAAGAAGAGGCCAAUUGCUCGCCUGCAGUCGCGGAAGAACAAGAAGCUGGCCCCUUCCGCCGUGGCCUCUUCCGACAUGGUCUCAAACAUGACGCUAAUCAACUUCACCCCCUCCCGGCAGCUGCACAGCCAUUCCAGCCUGCUAGAUCUGGGGACAGUCGGUAACUCCACCUCUCACAGGACCCUCCCCAACAUCAUCAAGCGCUCAAAGUCGGGGGUGAUGUACUUUGAGCAGGCGUCCCUCUUGCCCCAGUCCGUAGGAACCCCUGCAGCAGCAGCUGGGGCUGGAACAACGUCCCCUCAUGCGGCUGGACCGGAGGCAGGCCCCCUGGCCCCCCCUGGGCCUGCCCCAGGCCUCAGCUCCGCUCCUUCUGUGCUGAAUGUGGUGUCUCUGCCUGGGCGAGGGUCGGUGGCGCUGGGCAGCCCCGGACUGCAGGGAGUCUCUGACCUCGGCCCCCUCAGUAGCCUGCUGAUCAAAGCCUCUCCGCAGCACGCAGGGGCGCCCCCCUCUGGUUCGGGGAUGUUUUCACAGCUCGGCACCGCAUCUGCAAUGGCUGCCGCCUCGGGGGUCUGCGUCUUGCCCUCUGCCCACCCCGUGGGCGCGACCACGGACCCAGAAGGCUCUUACCAGCCCAUGACACCAGGGCUGGGCAGCAAAGCUGGGAGUGUCCCACCCAAGGGGGGCGACCUUGUUCCUGCCGCUCCACUCUCCAGCCCCCCCCCGACUCGGGUGGGUGUUCCUAGCGCUGCAGCUGCAGAGCAAAGCAAGCCUUCCCCUCUUGUCACCCGUUCCCACUCAGCUUCUCCCGGGAGCUCCCCCCCGCCUGCUGACCAGCCUGCUCCUGGGCCUGGCUCUCUGAAAGCCAAACUCAAAGUGAAGAGGCUCCAGCCCCCCUCGGACAGCAGAGCGCCUGGCAAAAAGCACAAAGCGUCUCACCCAUGGACCACUUCGCCGGAGAAGCACAUUCCCCCCCAAGGGGCCUCUGCGGCUGCUGGGCUCACACAGGAGAGGAAACAAGCCGAGAGCAGCCCUCGCCCAGAGCGCCAGGGCAAACAGUCUCAUCUCUUCCAGAAGCACAGCCUGCUGCCCGGGAGCCGGAAAGUGCAGGCAGAGGGGGGGCCUGUUUGUCUUCCAGAUGCCAAAGCGGCUGAGGAGGAGGAGGAAGAGGAGGAGGAGGAAGGCACCUUCAGCUCUCCCCUCCUCUUCUGGCUGCAGCAGGAGCGGAAGCGGAAGGAGAGCCUUCUGGAGAGGAGGCCCAAGAAAGGGCUGGUUUUUGAGAUCUCAAGUGACGACGGCUUCCAGAUCUGCUCCGAAAGUAUUGAAGAUGCCUGGAAGUCUUUGACAGACAGAGUGCAGGAGGCCCGCUCCAACGCUCGCCUGAAGCAGCUGUCUUUCACAGGGGUGAGCGGGCUCCGAAUGCUGGGCAUCCUCCACGAUGCCGUUGUCUUCCUGAUCGAGCAGCUCUCUGGAGCCAAGCACUGCCACAACUACAAGUUCCGGUUUCACAAGCCAGAGGAGGCCAAGGAGCCCCCCGUGAACCCACAUGGCUGCGCCAGGGCAGAGGUGCACCGAAGGAAGUCUGCCUUCGACAUGUUCAAUUUCCUGGCUUCCAAGCACCGCCAGCCACCAGAAUACAACCCCAAUGAGGAGGAGGAGGAGGAGGUCCAGCUGAAGUCUGCCCGGAGGGCCACCAGCAUGGACCUCCCGAUGCCCAUGCGCUUCCGGCACUUGAAGAAGACCUCCAAGGAGGCAGUUGGCGUCUACAGGUCCCCCAUCCAUGGCCGAGGCUUGUUCUGCAAAAGAAACAUUGAUGCCGGAGAGAUGGUCAUUGAGUAUGCAGGCAACGUGAUCCGCUCCAUCCUGACAGACAAGCGGGAGAAGUACUAUGACGGCAAGGGCAUCGGCUGCUACAUGUUCCGCAUUGACGACUCUGAGGUGGUGGAUGCCACCAUGCAUGGCAACGCUGCCCGCUUCAUCAACCACUCCUGUGAGCCCAACUGCUACUCCCGGGUCAUCAACAUUGAUGGGCAGAAGCACAUUGUCAUCUUUGCCGUGCGCAAGAUCUCCCGUGGCGAGGAGCUCACCUAUGACUACAAGUUCCCCAUCGAGGACGCCAGCAACAAGCUGCCCUGCAACUGUGGUGCCAAGAAAUGCCGCCGGUUCCUCAACUGAGCCGGCCUGGCUGGGGGCUCGCUUGGCCUGCACCCGUGGAGCAGGGCACCCCUCCUUCCACUCCGGAGAGGCUGGACUGGGUCCUUGGAGCACGAACUGGCCCUGCUUGUGACAGACGCGGAGUUCUGGGCCAGCAGUGCUGCUGUGGGGAGGGGGGGGAGGACUGUGACCUGGCUGUGUUGGAGGGGGGGGGGUGGUCUGUUUUGGCUUCGGCAGGCACAUUUGUGGCGCUGCCCAGAACCGGCAUCUGAGUUUGAGCAAAGGGGGAGGCAGUGCUGCUGUCCUGUCUUGCUACAGGGAGCAGCAGGGGGGUUCUCAGCCUUCCCCUCCCCUCUAGAUGUCGCACCUGCAAAGAGGGAGAGUUCUGGGUCCUCCUUGAGCAAGCCCCAAGGGGGAGGUCCAAGGCAGGGGUUCUGCUCAGGCAGCCGGAGCGAACUUCCAGCUGCAGCCGUCAGCGGUCCAGGGGCUCUCCACACUGGUUCUGGGCAGGCCUUCCCGUGGGCAGGAAGGCAGGUGGUGACCUUGGAGCCCCCGUAGAGCACAUCUGAGCAGCCCCCCCCCCCGGUGACCACCUCUUGAAUUGCAUCAUUGGAUUUACUGGGUUCUGUUUACAGGUUUAGUAUUUAAGGUUUUGUAAAUGUAAAUAAUUUUGUAUAUUUUUCUACGAGAAGCACUUCAUUGGGAAGAGCACUUAUGAGACUAUUUUUUCAACUG